AUGGCACAAUUACCAUCACCAUUCAUUAGUCAUACUAGAAAAGUAUGUAGUCUUUACAAACGUGCUUUACGCGCGAUAGAAGAUAUGAAUAUUAAAAGACACGAAUAUAGAUACAAUGCAAUUUUAUUAAGACAACGUUUCGAAGAAAAUCGAAACAUAAAAGAUCUUCGCGUUGCUAAAGAAUUAUUAUUGGCUGCAGAAGAAGAAUUAUUCCAAAAUAAACAUCCUGAUCCAUCAGUCUUUCCUGAUAGUCCAGGCGGGAUAGCUCAUGGACGUUUUAUAGACCCACCAGAUUCUGUAAUGGAUUUCUGGGAUCCAGUUGAAAAAGCUAGAUAUCCGAAAUAUUUUGCACAAAGAGAGAAACUUAAGGAAGAAUAUGUAAAAUUAUAUCAAAAAUUGUAUGUCAAUUCUAAAGAAAUCAAAAAACCCAGUUAA